UCAUUAGGCAGAAAGGGAGGCUGAGAUAACGGUGGGCACGGGUGGAAAGCAAAACAAUAACGCUUUACCGGUCACACAGGGAAUAAUAACGGCUGUUUAGGGGUUAAUUACGCUGCGUUAAAUACAUUCUCCUCAGUGUUGUCCGUAGAGGAAGAGGAGGAGGAAGAGGAAGUUAACGGACAGAAGGACCAGAUGCUAUUCCAGCGGAGAACGGGCUCGAAUAAGCAAGACACGGUGAUGGGUUCUCCUGACGGCUAACCUUCGCUUGAAACACGGACACUGCGAAGAGAGGGGGACCUGUUUGCUUCUUCUCCACCUCGCUGUGUGUGUGUGUGUGUGUGUGUUUGACAUUGUGUCUGAAAUGCUAGCACAGUUGCGGUGUCGGCCGUCGAGCAGCUUCUGGGCCGCAGCUCGGCACACCGAGCCCGAAUCUGGGAACUAGCUAGCUAGCUCUGUGCUAGCCGCAGCUGUACCCGAUGCUGCUGUUGCUGCUGCUGCUAAACGGAUCCACACAAGAGGUUCGGGGCCCCGGCGCUGAGUGAGCUAUUGUUUUAUCUUACUGGACUACAGCGGGCAUUUGAGAUGUGAUGCUUUUGUGCGUCGUUUUUGAGCCGUUUGUAGCUGGAGGCUCUCGCUUGCUUGAGGAGCUAACGUUGCUGCAAAAUGCAGAGCAGAACCACGGGCUCCUGUUGAAGGGGGCGAGGUUAGACUGAUAACAGCCCACCCUGUGUCUCUCUACACUCGGGGUCACAUUUGGACAACGACCACAUUUUCUCCACGUCAUUCACUGCUUCCUCAGCUGGAGAUAUGGAUAAACUCACGAUCAUUUCAGGGUGCCUCUUUUUGGCAGCAGAUAUCUUUGCAAUAGCCAGCAUUGCAAACCCAGACUGGAUCAACACUGGUGAAUCAGCAGGUGCCCUCACAGUCGGUCUGGUCCGGCAGUGUCAGACCAUCCACGGGCGAGACCGGACCUGUAUUCCCCCCCGGCUGCCCCCGGAGUGGGUCACCACACUGUUCUUCAUCAUCAUGGGCAUCAUCUCCCUCACAGUCACCUGUGGACUGCUCGUGGCAUCACACUGGCGCCGAGAAGCCACCAAAUACGCUCGAUGGAUCGCCUUUACUGGCAUGAUCCUGUUCUGCAUGGCGGCGCUCAUCUUCCCCAUAGGCUUCUAUAUCAACGAGGUGGGGGGGCAGCCGUACAAGCUGCCCAACAACACGGUGGUGGGCUCCUCGUACGUGCUCUUUGUCCUCUCCAUCUUCUUCACCAUAGUGGGACUUCUGUUUGCCGGCAAAGUCUGCCUCCCAGGCUGAGGACUGCACCCCGCCCGCCUCUGGACUGACACACGAGGCUCUGAAAAUGUUACGGGAUUUACAAAAACACAAUGACUGAACAUUAAGAACAACAAACUCUGGCUAAAAGCCUGACACAGGGAAGUCUUUGAUUUUAUGUCAAGGGACUGCAGCACCACGGAGUAUCUAACGAACAAAAAGACUAAAAGAGGCGACGUGGACACAAUAGGGUGGAGGAGAGAGAGAGAGGGAGAGGGAGAGAGGGGGCGGCAGAGGCUGCUGCAGCACCCUGCCACUGUUGAUUUAAAAUAUGGCCAUCUCUGUUGUUGUUCUGUUGGAAGAGGGUGCUUAAUGUGCUGCUGUCAUGGCAACUGCGGUCACAAUGCUGGCACCCAUUUCUUGAGGACCACUCCUCCCCUCGCCCGGCCGCCCGCUGCAGCACCCUCAGCACACACCCGCGCCGUCACGACUGCUCCGGAUGCUAUUUUUGGCUCCUCUUAGCUAUUUCUGUUGUGUGUUGUUUUGUUUUUGUACAUUUUGUGUUCUCGUUUUGUUUGUUUUUCCUUCCAACCUCCGCUGCCUUUCACUUAAGUAGCUUGAGUGUUAUUGAGGCUCACUGAGCUGAGUCUUUGAGGGUCGUUUUUUUUUGCCAGCUUGGCUUUAGAGCAGGGUUUACUCUCGCCCACCACUUCCCGAGGCCCCAGGUGUGCGGCUGGGCUGAGCAGCUGUGAGCGCAGCUGUGGAUGAGAGGGGGGGCAGGUCUGAGAGGGGGGGGCAGGUCUGCCGUCUCUCAGGCUCCCACCAGCUGCAGCUCAGGAGCAGGUAGCAGCAUAGGACCCCCCCCCGGGCCGCAGACGGGAGGGCGAGUAAUGUAAAGGAGAAUGCCACUCAAUGGAUGACCUAGCAUUUUGUUUAUCUGUACACUCGGCAACAGAGUAUUAGUAAGCUUAACCCAUGACACUGAUAAACAUCUUUGCCAAUAACUAGAAAAACUGUGCAUUUAGAAAAGGAUCAUCUGAAUAUAAAGACAACUCUUGUAUUUGUUGUAAUGAUUCUGUUAAACACGACCACAAGCACAGUGGCUUUUUCAAAGUAGAGUAUUGCAUCACUGUGGUGUUACAUUUUAGAAGGGUAGAGAUGACCUUGUAUAUCACUAAUUGUGACAGUAUUGACUUUUUAUGAAUAGAAGAUAAAGUUGAAAAUAACAUAAGCGAAUCAUGACAAUUGGUGGUAUUCUCCUUUUAAUGUUGGACAGGAAGGAAGCGAGCCAGGAGCUUUUUUUGUCUUGUGGAGGCACAGGGACUGCAGGUCAGGUCCAUGGGGCUGGGCCUCAGGGUGCUCCUUUUGAGGUCUGUGAUUGUAAAACACACACACACACACUCUGUAUACUGUAAAUAUGCAGCAACAAACUAUUAUUUUUCAUUUCGUAAUGCUUCAUUUUUUUCAAGAACAGCUUUUAACUUAACACAGAGAGGUGCAAAUUACUGUGACCCUCAAAAGUCAAACUUGGUCCCACAACUCUUCCCCUGCUUUAUCAAGAGCACCAACAUUUUUCAGCUAACUCGCCUUUAUCAAGGUGGUCUCUAAGGUUUAUUUUUCUUGUUCUGAGCCAUAGUCAUGCUUGUAAGAACUACAAAUCCCAUGACUUGUAGGCCCUAGGGUUAUGCUGUGAGCUACAGGUUAAGAUGUGCUUUAAUUUGUACAUAUAUUUGUUCACAUAGUGACACUUUGGCCAUAUUUAAGUAUUGGUUACUAGGAUGCCAGUUUAGCUAGCCUUUUACUGACUUCGGUAGUUCAUCUAAUUUUACAAACUGGUUAUUCAAAAUCCUGUAGACCCAAAUUAUAUUAAACCAAUAUUUCUGAAAACAGUUAGAUUUAUCCAUAAAUAUCAAAAGUCCAUCUACGGUUAACAUCCUUCAACUAUCCCUCCCUAUCAAAAUAGCUGUGUGUGUGUGUGUGUGUGUGUGUGUGUGUGUGUGUGUGUGUGUGUGUGUGUGUGUGUGUGUGUGUGUGUGUGUGUGUGUGUGUGUGUGUGUGUGUGUGUGUGUGUGUGU